AUGUUCCUGGUACUGAAGCCAAACGCGGAAAGAGCGUUUGUUCCUUACACGCCCAAUUCCAUACCUCAAAGUAUCCAAAGAACAGCUUGCUUGAAUUGCCGUGCAAAGAAACUCAGAUGCGAGGGUCAGAAAACAGCAUGUGAUCAAUGCAACUCGAAGCAGCUGAAAUGUGUAUAUUCUCGAAACACCAACCAUGAUACACAGAGGAACCGGAAAACGAAAAGGGCUCGAAAUAAAUCGAAUGCCGUAGUGGAGACUAAGAUUACAAAUGCUGGCAGUGAAAUCCGCUCUGAACCAGAGUAUCAUACAACAGAAGCAAGAUCAGAAUCUGAGAGCACAAAUUCAUCACCUAUAGAAUUGAUAUAUGAAGAGUUUCUGAAUCAAUCUGAGUCUUUUGAUUUGGAACCCUACUGGGAGUCGCUGGAAGCAGCCGAGCUAUUCGGGGACAACUCUAUGAGUUUGAUAAAUAUGGACAUUGACUGUUCAAAAAUUCUUUCCAGUUCAAUCAACAGCUCAGCAAAGAAAGAUAAAGCGCGUCUUGAAGAUGGCCAAUAUAAUGACUUCCAUUCUGAGCGAAAUGUCUCCACUGGAAAUGCAAUAAGCAAUUAUGAGAAAGCACUCGGACAGGGAACACAUCCAGCAAACCUCAUCUCCAACAAUGCGCACGAUUGCUUGGAGUUUCCCAUAAUCUCAGAACCAACUCAUCUGAUGUCUCCAGUCUUUGGAUCUUCCCAAGUAGGCUUUGGAGAUUCAUAUCAAGCUUCUCGGAAGCAGAGUUCCUCGUCCGCCCCGACAUCACUGACCACCUGCCAUUGCUCAAGUAUGGUUUUAGAAACCUUGACAAGGGUCAGUGGAGAGUCUGUUGACGGUAAGACUCACCAGAUACAUCAAGCUCUCGACAUGAUCAAGAAAAUUCUGAAUCACUUAUCGGUUGGCGCGACAUGCCAAACGUGUAAUCACCAAAGCGAUCUUAUGAUGUUGAUUACGACCACUUUUGAGAAAUCUAUUGAUUCAUUUGAUCGCUCGCUAAAACGAUACAAAAGUAGAAUCACAACAUCUGAAUGGCAAUCUCUUGAUAUGUUUUUUGGCCAAGAAAAUAGUUUCAGCUCGUCAGGAGAAGCAACACAGCUUUCCUUCUCUUCGAUUGAUGCAUCACAGAAUGAUUUAGGGCUGGAAAAACUCAAAACGAUAUCUUUUGGAGAGUAUUGCGUGGACCAGAGAGAGGAGCAGUUACUGUUGGUAGCUGUGUUGGUGAAGUGUCAGAUCAGAAAGUUAGCACAGUUCCACAGCAAGAUACAGGCAUUAGCUGCUCUAAGAAAGUGGGAAAUGCAUCGGGUUCUUUUAGAGCAAGUCGGGCAGAAGAUUAGAGCCUUGUAUCUGAAGUAG